AGCUUGCUUUUAUCAUAGAAGAGAAGUUUUCUAUUCGAAGAGCGACGUAGAAGGAAGAGAUAUCGUUCGCGAUGAACAAGUUUGUGGCUUGUAUCUUUACAAUACUACUUGUAAUAAUUUCAGGGGAAUGUGUCACAGCAGGAACAAACAAUGCGUGGGAGUACACGUGCAACAUUCCGAAUGGCAUCACUGGUGUUUCAUGGACUAUACUACAGCCAAGUUAUACAUUAGAAGUACUUUCAACUUGCAACAUUUCAUCUCGGUGGUGUAGUCGAAUUGAAGGAUGUAAUGCCGUAGCUACCAUACGUGGUCUAACAAGUUUGUUGAACAUUUCUUCUUCUUUUCUUAACACCGGACAAGUGGCAUGUACCGAAAUCAAAGACAAUGCGGAAAUUCAAACACACUCUAACCUCACAAGGCAUCCUAUAAACUGGACCUGUAACCCUCACCCUGUGCCAGAAUACACCAGAGGGCUCAGCUCAACACUACAGUCUACAACUACAACCGUCAGUGAUACGUCCACAACCACCAGUAAAGUGUAUCCGGCCACCAGUGAAGCAACUACAACCACCAGUAAAAAGUAUCCAGACACCAGUAAAGCAUCAACAACCAUCAGUGAAGCAACUACAACCACCAAAAGAAAAUCCAGUUCUCCUAGUGAUCAAACUUUUACAGCUCAAACUGCUCCAGUAACCCAUUCACCCGAUACAUGGAAGUAUCAGUGUGAAAUUAAUGAGAAUGUCACCGACAUCCUGUGGAUUUUACAAUCCACUAAUGAGACAGAAACACUUUCCAGAUGUUCUGUCGAAUCUGAGAGCUGUGAUCACAGAUUGGAGGACCUUGCCAGGGCCACCAUCAACAGUACCAGCAGUUUCUUAUACAUUUCUGACAGCUUUGUGGGACAGAAGGACGGAAGAGUGGGGUAUGCCGAAAUCAUUAACGGCUUGAGGGGAGAAAUACGCUUUGACGCCAGAACGAAUCCAAUGAACAGAGCGAAUGAUCCGUCAACAGAAACUACUGAGCAGACAGACGCAUCCACAGACUCCCCCGCCGCAACCGAUUCACUCGCUGCAUGGCAGUACCAGUGUCAAAUCAGAGAGAAUGUCACCGACGUCCUGUGGAUUUUACAAGUCGGUAAUGAGACAGAGACACUUUCGAGAUGCUAUAUCGGAUCUGAGAGCUGUGAUCAGAGAUUAGACGACUGUGCCAUAGCCACCAUAAACAUAACAAGCAGUUUGUUUAACAUUUCUGCAAACUUGGAGAAAGUAAAGGCUGGACGAGUGGGGUAUGCCGAAAUGAUUAACGGCUUGAAUGGGGAAAUACGCUUCGAUGCCAAAAGGAAUCCAAUAAAGUGGCCAUGUGGUCCGUUGACAGUAACUACAGGGAUUUUCCCAUCAACCAAGCAGACAAGCGAAUCCACAGACUACUCCACCGGAAGGACCUCGCCAUAAUGGAUUAGUGACCAUCUCUGACCAAUCAACACAGUUCUCUCAAUCUUGUUACUUCAAUAACUCCAUGUAGAUAUAAAUCAUUCAUAACCUUUAAAAGAGGAUGUGUCUCUCACUUCUUAAAAAGAUGACACGAGGAUGAAUACAAAUAAAUAGUUGUUAACAUUUCUUUACCGGUGUGUUAAAACAUAGCUUAAAAUUGUGUAGCUCCAGUAAAUUGUAGCAGUUAGCUAUUCAUUUGUCUUUAACUAAUUACCAAUUGAUUGUGGAUAGCAGAAUGUAAAUCAUGAAUAACACUAGAAUGGUAACAAAGUUAUCAUAUAGCUAUAAAAUAUACAUUAUUCUAAUAAUUAAAUGAUUGUCAUACCCAUGUUAAAGAAUGAUUUUUGCAAUUUGUCAUGACAGUAUUUCAAUGUGUUAUUAAAAAAGCAAAUGUUAUAGAUAAAUAAAUCAAGAAUUUCAAACUGCACUAUAUGUUUGAAUGAAGAUUAAAUAAAUGAUUUUUAUUCCCUUUUAUUUGCUUAGAAUUUUGAUAAAUUGCCUGCUUUUAAUAUACGUAUUCUACCCGCUUUUUGACUUUUUACCUUUUCUAAAACUAUAAAUGUUUCUCUGUGUAUCUCUAUAAUCAGACUUUGAUAUAUUUUAAUAAUCUUACUGUUAAAUUUACAACUGCAAUCCAGUUCAUAAUCAUAUUUUUACUCUUUUGUUUGGUCUAAAGGUAGCAAUGAAAUCGGAUAAGGAAAAUUAUAUCGAUGUACUGCUUGUGAAAACGUAUUGAUUAAAAAACUUGUAAACAUG